CUCUGGAGCCGCGCCCGGAGGACGUGGAGAACCUCAACAGCGUCAGCGCCCGCGUCAGGAGGACACAGCACGGGCUCCUCCUGCAGCGCUUCCUGGAGGUGACGGCGCGGCUCCACGCGGCUCAGAGCCAUUACAGACAGCGCUGCCUGCAGAGAGUGAGGAGGCAUCUGCACAUCACCGGGAACUCAGCGGUGACCGAUGAGGAAUUGGAGGAGAUGCUGGAAAAUGGGCAGAGUGAGGUCUUCGUCUCCAACGUGUUGGGGGCGGCGCGGGCGACGCGGGCGGCGUUGGACGAAGUGACGUCACGGCACCGGGAGCUGCAGCGCCUCGAGAGGGCCAUGAGGGAACUGCAGGAGCUGUUCGCCGCGCUCGGAGCCGCCGUGGAGGGACAGGGCGAGGCGGUGAACCGCAUAGAGCUGCAGGUGCUGCAGUCCGGGACGGCGGUGCUCAAAGGGCAGCAGCAGCUCUGCUCCGCGCGCACACAGCGCCGCCGCGCCACCACGGUGAGCCCCGCGCACUGCCGCACACCGCCACCGGGGGGACGCACCGACACACUGCGACCCACAGCGACACAUUGCGACCCAUAGCGACCCAUAGCGACCCCAUGGAGACACAUAGGGAUGCCAUGGAGACACAUAGGGAUGCCAUGGAGACACAUAGGGACACAUAG